CAUAAUAGUCAUUCUAUAAUCGACACAAGUCUCAUCUUUUCUUCACUCUCAAAGCUUUUCAUUUGUUCUGCAAACUCCUCACUGUGCCCUUUGUUUCUUUUCUAGUUCAUACAACAUAAUGGGUUUCCGCAUGCCUCGUUUUAUUAAUGCUAAGCAAAUUCUUCGGUUGCCUUCUUUGGCAGCAGACCAAGUAGCUUCAACGGCUCUAAAUGUCCCGAAAGGCUAUGUGGCAGUCUAUGUUGGAGAGAGUGAAAUGACGCGAUUCGUGGUUCCAAUAUCAUACUUGAACCAGCCUUCAUUCCGGGACUUGCUAAUUCAAGCCGAGGAAGAAUUUGGAUUUAAUCAUCCAAUGGGUGGUCUUACAAUUCCUUGCAGAGAGGACAUCUUUAUUAACCUGACUUCUCAACUGAGCAGAUUUUGAGCUUGGAUGCUCUGUAUAUAUGUUAGUAAAAUAGUAAACACAGUUUUGUAAAGCAGGAAUCACCAUUUCCAUAUACAAUUUCAAUUUUUUAAUUUUUUCACAGAAGAGGUUUGGGAUGGAAGAAAAAAAUUCUCCCUAUUUCACAAUAUUAUAUAUAUUCAUUGAAAUCUUUGUUUAUGUC